AUGCAGUCUUUCCAUGGUGAUAUUCAUUUAUUGCAGAUGACCCUCAGUGAAGAUGAGUUCGGAGAGAAAAUCGACAGAUGUUUCGCCGACUCGCUAUUAAAAAUAAGUGGUGGAAUAGCAAUCGGAAUUGUGGCCAGCGUGGCAUUUUUCAAGAGCCGAUCCUGGCCUAUAUGGUUUGGGUCAGGUAUAGGCGUCGGCACCGGCUGGUCAAAUUGUCGUCAUGAUUUAGCUCAACCGUUUCUGCUACACGGGAAGAAAGUGCCUGUAGGAACAGACACGGAGGUAACGAAGGGAAAACCUACAUACGCCAUCGUCGUCGAGAAAAAAGACUAG